CCGGUUCCUCACUUCCGGUCCCUUAGUUAUUCUUCCGACUGGAAAGCCGGUGGUUCGGGAAGGCUAGAACCUUCAGUUUCCGUCCGAAUUGGCCGCUGCCGGGGCGGCGGAGGUCCGUGGGCCGGUGCCGCGCGGCCUGAGGGCGGCGCGCUCCCUCGCAGCAUGGCCCGAAACGCGGAAAAGGCCAUGACGGCCUUAGCAAGAUUUCGCCAGGCUCAGCUGGAAGAGGGGAAAGUAAAGGAGCGAAGACCCUUCCUUGCCUCAGAAUGUACUGAACUGCCUAAAGCCGAGAAAUGGAGACGGCAGAUCAUUGGAGAGAUCUCAAAAAAAGUGGCUCAAAUUCAGAAUGCUGGUUUAGGUGAAUUCCGGAUUCGCGACCUGAAUGAUGAAAUUAACAAGCUGCUGCGAGAGAAAGGACACUGGGAGGUCCGGAUCAAGGAGCUGGGCGGCCCUGACUAUGGGAAAGUUGGGCCUAAAAUGCUGGACCACGAAGGGAAGGAAGUCCCGGGAAAUCGAGGCUACAAGUACUUCGGAGCGGCCAAAGACCUGCCUGGCGUCAGAGAGCUGUUUGAGAAAGAGCCACUUCCUCCUCCAAGAAAGACACGAGCCGAGCUCAUGAAGGCGAUCGACUUUGAAUACUACGGUUACCUCGAUGAAGACGAUGGUGUCAUUGUGCCCUUGGAACAGGAGUAUGAAAAGAAACACAGAGCCGAGCUAGCGGAGAAGUGGAAAGCAGAGCGAGAGGCCCGCCUGGCGAGAGGCGAGGAGGCGGAGGGGGAGGAGGAGGAGGAGGCGAACAUCUACGCUGUGGCUGAGGAGGAGUCUGACGAGGAGGGCGGCCCGGACAGAGGAGGGGAGGACGGGCAGCAGAAGUUCAUCGCCCACGUGCCGGUGCCGUCGCAGCAGGAGAUCGAGGAGGCGCUCGUGCGCAGGAAGAAGAUGGAGCUGCUGCAGAAGUACACCAGCGAGACCCUGCAGGCCCAGAGCGAGGAGGCGCGGCGGCUCCUGGGCUGCUAGGUGGCCCCACUGCAGCCUCCCCUGCCCUCCUUGCUCACACCGUGCGCCCCCCGAGGGCCGCUGGCUGGACCCCUCUGCGUCACCCCAGCCGCCUGCAGCUGACGCGAGAGCCCACGGGCACUGUCCUGAGUGGGUAGGACAGGCUGCUCCUGCGGCCUGCGGGUGUCAUCAGUGGUGGGGGCGGCCAGCCAGGGACGCCCCUGAGCGUGCAGACGUGUCUGUGAUGCCUCCUGCGCGCUGAGAAGACGCCCCGCCAUUCUCGGGGCUGCCCUGCCGCCCGUCUCGCCCUCAGCCAGCCUUGCUUCCCCCAGCCGGCGGGGGGGCAUGUUUGCCGCUUCAUCUGGGAGUGGUUCUGCACAGAGCUAUUUUUAUUAAAGAUUUUUGUAUGAAAGGCA